AUGAAAUAUAUUGGAGCAAUUAUUGUCCAUAGUAUUUUGCAAGGUGGACCUAGUUUUCCGAUAUUCAGUCCUUCGGUGUACAGAUAUUUUUCCACUGGUAAUUUUGAACUGGCUAUGAGAACUGCAAACAUUGGAGAAUGUACUGCACACAUAAAGAAUUUCAUUGAUCAGAUAGAUGAUGCUGAUGAUGUGCAAAACUUAGAUCAGGAUGAGUGUCUCAACAUCAUGUCUCAAUGUGGCCUUACAGAAAUGUUAACUAAUGAAAAUAAAAGGAAGAUUAUUCAACUACUAAUCAUCCAUGAUGUCAUUGGCCGGCGAAAGAUUGCUCUUGACCAAAUUGCCGAAGGAUUGAAUGCACUUGGAUUUAGAGAUAAAAUGAAAGAAUUCCCAGACAAGUUUCAAGAACUAUUUGUUCCAUGCAGUGAACGUGAAAUGAGCCCAUCAGCAGUGGUUGAUGUUUUUGAGUUCCCAGAUGUGUUAAAUGAAUGCGAAUCAUCCAAUUUUUGA